GGGCGGGCUUUUUCUGACAGGAGGAAGAAGGCUUGUGACUGGUAGCGGGUUCCAAUCUCCCAAAGCCGGCUGUUCUUUUUCUACCUCCUGUUAAAAUAUUGAGAUCUAUGGCCAGCAAAGGGAUGAAUCUGUGCAAUGUAUGCUGCCUUCUUCUGUGUGUUAUUACGGCAGUGCUUGCGGGGCGAGAUUUCUAUAAAAUCUUGGGAGUGAGCAAGAGUGCAUCAAUCAGGGACAUCAAGAAGGCCUACAGAAAACUGGCUCUUCAGUUACACCCCGACAGAAACCCAGACGACCCCAAAGCUCAAGACAAAUUUGCAGACUUGGGGGCGGCUUAUGAGGUGCUCUCAGAUGAGGAGAAAAGGAAACAGUAUGAUGCUUAUGGGGAAGAUGGACUUAAAGAGGGUCACCACAGCUCGCACAAUGAUAUCUUCUCAAGCUUCUUUGGUGACUUUGGGUUCAUGUUUGGAGGCAACCGACAGCAACAGGACAGGAACAUCCCCAGAGGAAAUGACAUCAUAUUAGACCUGGAGGUUACGCUGGAAGAGGUGUACUCUGGGAACUUUGUUGAGGUUGUGCGUAAUAAGCCUAUAGCCAAAGAAGCCCCUGGCAAAAGGAAGUGUAACUGCAGACAGGAAAUGAGGACGACGCAGCUCGGACCUGGCCGCUUUCAGAUGACUCAGGAGAUGGUGUGCGAUGAGUGUCCCAAUGUAAAGCUGGUAAAUGAAGAGAGGACGUUGGAGGUGGAAAUUGAACAGGGAGUGAGAGAUGAAAUGGAGUACCCUUUCAUUGGAGAAGGGGAACCCCAUAUUGAUGGUGAGCCUGGAGAUCUACGUUUCCGCAUCAAGGUGUUAAAGCAUCCUGUAUUUGAACGCAGAGGAGAUGACCUGUACACCAAUGUCACCAUCUCCCUGGUUGAGGCGCUGGUCGGCUUUGAGAUGGACAUUGUACAUCUGGAUGGACACAAGGUCCAUAUAGUGAGAGAUAAGAUCACCAAGCCUGGUGCUCGAAUGUGGAAGAAGGGAGAGGGCCUGCCAAACUUUGACAACAUCAACAUACGAGGUUCCCUCAUCAUCACCUUCGACGUGGAGUUCCCUCAGACACAGCUCGAUGAGCAGCAGAAAGAUGGUAUUCGGAAUCUUCUGAAGCAGGGCUCUGUACAGAAGAUUUACAAUGGACUACAAGGAUACUAACACACUAACAGAUGCAGCCUGGACUGAGUUAUCUGACACAAACACACACAUACAUCUUCAGUCGUUCAGAGGAGGGUGCUCUGUAAUUCUGGCCAGGGUGUAUUUAUUAUUUUCAGAUUGUUCUCAGGAUGGCUUGAAUUCAGUUUGUUUUUAAUGUUCUACAUUUUGACAGCAGUGGCACAGAUGUUUUAUUUGAAGUGUAGAAAUGCAAAGAAUGCCAUAUCUCUGUUGAUUGUUUUUUGUCCCCUCGUUCUAUUAAAAUAAGGCCUUUUUGUUUGCUUUUUAAAAUCAAAUUCACUUCUUUCUCUCUGACGAUCAAACACUUGCUGAGAUACUGACAAACUGGACUUAAGAAAAACAAGAAAAUUCCCCAAAACCCUUGAACAACUUUAAACCUGUGCAAGACCUGAAGAUAAUCUGCUGUUCUUAUUUGUGUUCUGAAUGUAACAGCUUCACCUGUUGAGUAAGGAACGUUUUUUGUUUUUUGUUUUUUUUUUUGUUCUGGUUCGAUUCCUGUUCCCUAAUUCUUUGUAAAUGGGGAAGAACAAAGCUCAUUUGUUGUGGUUUAGUUGUCCUAAUUUCUGUUGCCUCUUGUCUCUUUGCAUUUGACACAUUGUGACAGGAAAACUGUCCACGUUGCACAGCCUACAGGUUCACUGCCGCAAGAGCUGACCUCUCAAACCGUGAACUUUUCUUCUUGUCUUUAUUCAUAUGGGCAGUUUGCACAUCCUCCAGCACCGCCGUAGAGAACUUUCAUAUCACACAACCUCGAACACGCUCCCUGUCUGGGUACUUCUUAAUCAAAGGGACUUCAGGCCAUGAAGUGUCAGAAUCUCUGUUGGGUAUUGCUGCUCCUUACUGACUGCAGUUUAGUUUUCAAGUAUUGACAGCUGGAUUUCUGGUUCAUUACGUGUUUGUAGGAUUUCCCUUCUUGUGUUUUUACUAUCAACUGCAAUUCUGCCCUCAAAUUGUCUUGGCCUUAAAUGUGAAUUAUUUGGCCGUUUUUACUGAGUGUACUAGGGAUAAUGUACUUUUAACUGACUAUAAAUAAAGAUUUAUACAAA